GACCUUACAAAUGAGGAAUCAGUCAAAAUUAUUAAUGACUAUUCACCUAACUUUAAUAAAAAAGACACUGAACUGGAUUAUUUAAAUGACAUUACUUAUAUUGAAUCUAAAACAACACUAUCUCUUGAUCAUCUUGAUAAAUCUAUUUUUUAUGACAAUUCUGUACCAUCUUUAGAAGCUAAUAGUUAUAUAGCUUCACAAUUAUACAACACAACGGAUAGAGAUGAAUUGGAUCAAGGUGAAUUGGAUCAAGGUGAAUUGGAUCAAGGUGAAUUGGAUCAAGGUGAAUUGGAUCAAGGUGAAUUGGAUAAAGGUGAAUUGGAUGAAGAUAAGUCGGAUAAUGAAUCAUGUUUGGAAUUAGUAGUUGGACUUUCAUUUUUAAGUUGGGACUCUUUUAAAGUUUGGCUCAAUCCAACUUAUGUGUAUACAAAAUCCAGCACUCAUGACCCAAAUGUGAUAUUUGACUCUACCAAACAUCGUAAUGCUAAGUCUCAAAGAACUAAAUGUUCUUGGAAAUUAUGCAUUACAUAUCCAAAAACAAUAGCACAAGUAAAAAUUAAUUCAUUUGAAAAUUUUCAUAAUCAUACACUUACCCCUAUGAUUAAUGAGAUUGCUACACAAUUUCGCAAGUUGACUUCUGAUAUAUUAUCAGAUAUUUAG